AUGGCUGAAGAAAACGCAGUCGGUGUUAAUGAUAACAUACGAAUUGUUUCAAAUUUUCUACUUCAUUCUCCACCCGGAGAAUUUAAUGAGGUCUUUAAUGAUGUUCGGAUGCUACUGAAUAAUGAUGCUUUGUUAAAAGAUGGAUGUGCAGCAGCAUUUGCUGAGUAUAACAAGGAACAAUUUAUACCUGUUAAACUUGAAGGUGUUGAAAAACAGACUUUAAUUACAUCAUUUAACGAGAUGCCCGACGGACGUUUUUACGAUCCUAGAUCUAGGAAGUCAUUCAAGUAUGAGCAUUUACGGAAAGAAGCAAUUGAUAUUCAGUCUGAAAGUACGAAUGACAUCGGUGCAGAAUUUUGGCGAAAAGCAUUGCAAGAGGAAGCAGACAAAUAUAUUGAUAGUCACUAUGAAGAGACGGGUUUAGCAGUGGUGUUUGUUACCAAAGGGACACUGACAUUAUGCAUCGAAAGUCAUCGGUAUCAACCUAAAAAUUUUUGGAAUGGACGAUGGCGUUCGCAGUGGAUCAUACCUUUUGCGGAUGGGAAAAAUGAAUUGUGUGAAAUCAAAGGUAUUAUCAAAGUGCACGUGCAUUAUUAUGAAGACGGUAAUGUACAACUUGUAUCUACAAAAGAAGCAUCUGCGAAAGUAGCGUACACUGCUGAUUUGGCUCAGACUGCUAGAGACGUUUUUAAAGCGAUAUGGAGUGAGGAAUCCAGAUACCAAGAUGCUGUUCAAGAAAACUAUCAACAAAUGUCUACUACAACAUUCAAAGCUUUACGACGGCAAUUACCCAUAACUGGUGUUAAAUUUGAUUGGAAUAAUACACAUGCGUACCGAAUUAGCAAAGAUUUGAAGCCACAGUGA